AUCGUGGUUAAAAUUUUUAUAAAGAUAAGCGCUUGGUAGUUUCAGUUUUGUUAAUUGUCGCCAUGAGGUUUCUAUUGGCACCAUUGUUCCUUGCGGCCGUAGCAUGGGCUAUGCCCAAGAGGUUCACCGAGCUCAUCAGGGCGGAUAGAGCUAUUGGUGACGUCAUUGACGCUGCCGGAUGCGGACACAGACCUCUGGCGUCAGGGAACGGAGUCUCAGAGCUGACCGCUCGUAUCGUCGGUGGACAUGAAGCCGUGCCUUACACCUGGCCGGCAAUUUGCAGUCUACGGACGUCAGCUAGCCCUAACUUCCACAUCUGUGGGUCCAACUUGGUGAAGAAUAAGGCUGGUCAAUAUUUCCUCAUCACAGCUGCCCACUGCUUAAGCUCUCACGCCGCCAGUGCUUACGUCGCCCACUGUGGUAUACACGACCGUUCUGAUGCCAGCGAACCACACAGAGUUAUCAUCCACUUCUCGGCCUUGACCGUGCACGCAAGCUACAACUCCUGGACCAACGAUUACGACAUCGCCGUGUUCCGCAUCUCCACCGCCUUGCCAACCAACAACUACAUCCAGCCGGUCUGCAUUCCCAACGAGCUAUGGACUGACGGGGAACACGCCAUAGUUGCUGGAUGGGGAACUCUUUCUUCUGGUGGCUCCUCCCCCUACAAGCUCCACCAAGUGGCCAAGCCAAUCAAAUCCAGGGCUGUGUGCGCAGAACGUUAUGCUCCACUGGCCAUCACUGCCCGGAUGUUGUGCGCAGGUCUGCCGACAGGUGGCGUUGAUGCUUGUCAGGGUGACAGUGGUGGUCCACUCUAUACCUACAGACACAACAGAUGGACACUUACAGGUGUUGUGAGCUGGGGUAUCGGCUGCGCCGAAGCUGGAAAACCCGGAGUGUACGCUGACGUAGUUGCACUGAAGGAUUGGAUCAACGGCAUCAUCAAUCGCUAAUAACAUCACUUCCGUUUCGGGCUACACAUAUAAUAAAAAAUAUCUCACAGGUUU